AUGGACCUUCAGAUCUUCAGCAGAGGACAGAAAAAAGAAACAUUCUGGUACCAGAAGGGAGAGGAGUUAAUUCCAGCUACCAUGGGACUAGUUCCUUCGCAUCUGAAUGGCCUGGGUCAACACAACUCAGGCUUUGGUUUUGUGAACAGUCUUUUUGGCAUCAUCAAGGACUACGUAGACACUUUGGAGACCACACCAUCAAUGGAUUUCAUUUCCGUGCUCACAAAGUGGUUUAUAAAAAACAAAGGUUCCUAUGCCAACUAUGCUCGGCUUCCACUUCAUCACUGGCUGGCUCUUGGACUCGGGCUGAUGAAGCUGCCCCUACCCACUUGCCAUGGCAAAGGCAUAAGAGGCUGUAGCAAAGAACUCUUUGGCUCUUCAAGCUUCUGCCUGGAAACAACCUAUUGCAUAUCUGUUCACAUAUUUUUGGCCAAAGAAAGUCACAGGACCAAGCUUAACUUCAAUGGGAUUGGAGGCAUAAGUCUCUGUCAGAGCCACCAGACCUACUGCCUGAACCACACUGCAGCUGCCUUUUAUCUUGAGAGCUUGAGGCAGAGAGAGGACUUUGGGAUAUAUUUAAAAACAAAAUUAGGCAACUUGCUGAAAGAUGCAAUUGAGGGGCAGAAACAAGAUUCAAAUGCAGACGUAUCAAAAGCCACUGUUCCUUCUGCUAUCAAGCUCUGGUAUGACGAUGCUACUGGGGAACCAACGUUUGUGUCCUCAAGUGGGCCACGAAAGCACCGAGAUGAACUUACUCUCCACGACGCCUGGUGGGGCUGGGCUCUAGGAACAUGCGGCUAUCACCCUGUUUCUAAUCAUUACCCGAUUCUCCCCAACAAAGAAGAGAAGGAUAUCAUGCUUGGGGAUCUAGAAGGAAAAGUGAAGUGGCUUGAUAAUUUUCAAAAACUUCGACAUCUAUAGGAGAUUAUAGUGUGGCCUCUGCUUUGGGAUAGAGACAAAAGGUUUUUCAUUCCUGAGUGCUUGAAACACAUUUUUAAAGAACACAUGGCAGAGAACAUCUUGUCACCAACCAACAGAUACCUGCUCUAUGGCCCAUUUUACCUUUUCUUUCUUUCCUCGGAAAGCACAAGGUUCCUAGAUGUUUAUCUGUUUCAAUUUGAUGAUUUCCUCUUAGUUACAAAAACUAAGCGCAACAAAAAGAAACUUGGAAGUUCGGACACUGUUUUAAUGUGCCCUUCACUUACUCCUGAGCUGCAAACAGUAAUAAAAGAGGGUGGUUCAUGUACAGUACUCUAUCAACCCAUCCCACUAGACAGAUUGGUGGUUAAAAAUAUCGAUCCCCUCUAUGUGAGUGUUUUUGGGCCGAGAAAUGCUUUUCUUAUUCAUGAAAACAGAUAUUGACAAUGUAUAGCUGCAUUUUUAUUACAAACCCAAAUGGAAAACAUUAAAGUAUGUAUUUCAAUUUUGAAGGUCUGGAUGGCACAAAUAACAGCUGCAAUCUCUUGCUUUAUGAAGAAUUGGGAAACAAAGAAAAUUUCUCUAUUCACACUGCCUGCAGAAUCCUCUGAAAUUUAG